GGCAGAGAUCGCUGAGGCGCGCCGCUGACCCGCGGCAUGGAGGACCCUGCGGCGUCCGGGGCCGGGGGACCGCCCACCAAUGGCAAUGGAAACGGCAACGGCGGAGGCAAAGGGAAGCCGGCUGCACCCAAGGGCCGGGAGGCGUUCCGCAGCCAGCGGCGGGAGUCGGAGGGUUCUGUGGACUGCCCCACUCUGGAGUUUGAAUAUGGAGAUGCAGAUGGGCAUGCAGCAGAGUUGUCAGAAUUGUAUAGCUACACUGAGAACCUGGAAUUCACCACUAACAGGAGAUGCUUUGAAGAAGACUUCAAGACUCAAGUGCAAGGGAAGGAAUGGCUGGAGUUGGAAGAAGAUGCCCAAAAGACCUAUGUGAUGGGACUUCUGGACCGGCUGGAAGUGGUCAGUAGGGAGCGGCGACUGAAGGUGGCCAGGGCUGUUCUGUAUCUGGCCCAAGGCACUUUUGGGGAAUGUGAUUCAGAGGUUGAUGUGCUACACUGGUCCAGGUACAACUGCUUCCUGCUCUAUCAGAUGGGGACCUUCUCGGCCUUCCUGGAGCUACUCCACAUGGAAAUCGACAACAGCCAGGCCUGUAGCAGUGCUAUUCGGAAACCAGCUGUCUCCAUUGCUGAUAGCACAGAGCUCCGGGUACUGCUGAGUGUCAUGUACCUAAUGGUGGAAAAUAUCCGCCUGGAGCGAGAGACAGACCCCUAUGGGUGGAGGACAGCACGGGAGACCUUCCGCACUGAAUUGAGCUUCUCCAUGCAUAAUGAGGAACCUUUUGCCCUUCUGCUCUUCUCCAUGGUUACCAAGUUCUGCAGUGGCCUAGCCCCCCACUUUCCCAUUAAAAAGGUCCUUCUUCUGCUCUGGAAAGUGGUUAUGUUUACCCUUGGUGGAUUUGAGCAUCUGCAGGCUCUCAAAAUAAAGAAGCGGGCAGAAUUGGGCCUGCCUCCACUGGCCGAGGACAGUAUCCAGGUGGUGAAGAGCAUGCGUGCUGCCUCCCCACCCUCUUACACUCUUGACCUGGGGGAAUCUCAGCUGGCACCACCACCCUCCAAGCUGCGAGGCCGUCGUGGUUCUCGAAGGCAACUCCUCACUAAGCAGGAUAGCCUGGAUAUCUACAAUGAAAGGGAUCUUUUCAAGACUGAGGAUCCAGCCACAGAGGACGAAGAGGAAUCUGCUGGUGAUGGAGAACGAACCUUAGAUGGAGAGUUAGACCUGCUAGAGCAGGACCCUUUGGUGCCACCUCCACCUUCACAGGGACCCCUCUCUGCUGAGAGAGUGGCCUUUCCCAAGGGCUUGCCCUGGGCCCCAAAGGUCAGACAAAAGGACAUUGAGCACUUCUUGGAGAUGAGCAGGAACAAGUUCAUCGGAUUCACCCUGGGGCAGGACACAGAUACCUUGGUUGGAUUACCCAGACCCAUCCAUGAGAGUGUGAAGACCCUAAAGCAGCACAAGUAUGUCUCCAUCGCAGAUGUGCAGAUCAAAAAUGAAGAAGAACUAGAGAAAUGCCCCAUGUCUUUGGGAGAAGAGGUGGUACCAGAAACACCAUGUGAAAUCCUUUACCAAGGCAUGCUGUACAGCCUCCCCCAAUACAUGAUUGCUCUGCUUAAGAUUCUCCUGGCUGCAGCCCCAACCUCCAAGGCUAAGACAGACUCUAUCAAUAUUUUGGCCGAUGUCUUACCUGAGGAGAUGCCCAUCACUGUUCUUCAGAGCAUGAAACUAGGCAUUGAUGUAAAUAGGCACAAGGAGAUCAUAGUAAAAAGUAUUGCUGCCCUGCUCCUACUACUCCUCAAACACUUCAAACUCAACCAUAUCUAUCAGUUUGAAUAUGUAUCACAACAUUUGGUAUUUGCCAACUGCAUCCCUUUGAUCCUGAAGUUCUUCAAUCAAAACAUCUUAUCCUACAUCACUGCCAAAAACAGCAUCUCAGUCCUGGAUUACCCCGGCUGUACCAUCCAGGAUUUGCCAGAGCUCACUACUGAAAGUCUGGAAGCUGGAGACAACAACCAGUUCUGCUGGAGAAAUCUCUUUUCUUGCAUCAACCUCCUGAGGCUGCUCAAUAAACUGACCAAAUGGAAACAUUCCAGGACCAUGAUGCUGGUGGUGUUUAAAUCAGCACCAAUCUUAAAACGGGCCCUCAAAGUCAAACAGGCCAUGCUGCAACUUUAUGUCUUGAAGCUGCUAAAGAUACAGACCAAGUACCUGGGGCGCCAGUGGAGGAAAAGCAACAUGAAAACCAUGUCAGCCAUUUACCAGAAAGUGCGCCACCGCAUGAACGAUGACUGGGCUUAUGGGAAUGACAUUGAUGCCAGGCCAUGGGACUUCCAAGCAGAAGAAUGCACCUUGAGAGCCAACAUCGAGGCUUUUAACAGCCGCCGAUAUGACAAACCCCAGGACUCUGAAUUUUCACCUGUCGAUAACUGCUUGCAGAGUGUUCUGGGGCAGAGGUUGGAUCUUCCAGAAGAUUUCUACUAUUCCUAUGAGCUGUGGCUGGAGAGAGAGGUGUUUUCACAGCCCAUCUGUUGGGAGGAACUGCUCCAGAAUCACUGACUGAGCUCUUAUCGACAAAGCAUCUGAUAGAUGGAGGUUGACUCCAAAUAAAUGUUGCUCUGCCCAUUUAGCCUUUGUUUCCGGCUCUAGGAUGCAUGACAAGGGAGCAUCUGGCCCAUACCUGAGGCAGCCAGCAUAGUUCAGGGCUAUCCUGGAGGAAGUUUGGCCUGGAGAUGGCUCCUGAGUCACAACAACCUGAUCUGCUCACCCUAACAUCAGCCUUGGAAAUCUCUUGGUGGAUUUUUGAUGAGACCUGCUUUAGUCUUGCCUAGAACCAGGCUAACCUUUGCUGGCCCUAAGAGUGAGAGGAAAUUUGUUAUGGUAUUUGAUCCAUGGCAUUUAUCAUAGGUAGUGGAACAGGUGCAAGUCACAAAUAAGAAGAAAGUGCUGGGUGCAGUAGCACAUGCCUGAAAUCCCAGCUGCUCAGAAGACUGAAGCAGGAGGAAUGCUUGGACAAUUUAGUGAAACCCUGUCUCAAAUUUUUAAAAAAGGGCUAGGGGUAUAGCUCAGUGGUAGAGCCUUGCCUAGCAAGCACAAACUCUGGGUUCAAUUCCUGGUACCAUUAACAAAAAAAAAAAAAAAAAAAAAAGCUAGGUGAAACCAACUUUAAGA